GGCGCCUCGAGCCGCAUCGUCUUCCGCCCCGCCGCCCGCCUCUCCUGUCAGAGGCUCCGUCGGAGAGAUGGCUGCCUCCUCCUCCUCGCCGGGGAAGGUACUGGGGCUGCCGGCGUCCGGCGACGGAGAAGAAUAUACUCGGAUCGUGAGGCUGAAAAUCAUUGCUGGAAUUGGCCUGGCCAAGAAGGAUCUCUUAGGAACGAGCGAUCCAUAUGUGAAAGUGACGGUAUAUGAUUCAGCAAAUGGAAUCCUUACAAGUGUUCAAACCAAAACUGUUAGAAAGACCCUGAAUCCGAAGUGGAAUGAAGAAUUUUUAUUUCGAGUCACUCCACAGAAACACAGGAUUCUCUUUGAAGUGUUUGAUGAAAACCGAUUGACCAGAGAUGACUUUCUCGGCCAGGUAGAUGUGCCUGUCUGUCAUCUGCCGACAGAGGAUCCAGCAAGAGAGAGGCCAUACACAUUCAAGGAUUUCCUUCUUCAUCCAAGGAGUCAUAAAUCCCGUGUGAAAGGGCACCUCAGGUUAAAAAUGACCUACUUACCUAAAAAUAAUGGAACUGAAGAAGAAGGCACACAACAGGCUGAAGAGCCGGAGCCUGGCUGGAUUGUGCUGGACCAACCGGAGGCCCCUCACCCAUUGCAGGAGCCCCAGUCCACGCUGCCCCUUGGCUGGGAAGAGAGGCAGGAUGUCUUGGGCCGGACCUACUACGUCAACCACGAUUCAAGAAGAACCCAGUGGACCAGGCCCACUGCCCAGGACACAAGGCCUGACACAGAAAACAGCAGUCUUCAGUUGGAGGUCCAGCGUGCUUUUGCACAUCGGCAUCAAAUAACAGAGGAAGCUGAGAAUCUUGUUAACAGGGAAUCUCCUGAGAGUUGGGAAAUCAUAACAGAAGAUGAAGCAACCAUGUACAACAACCAGAGUCCCCGGGCAGCCAUGCAUCAGGGCAGCUCGGAUGCAGAAACUUGCCUGGCGGAAGAACUGAGCGCUCAGCUCAUUGUCUCUGGCUGCUCAGGGGCUGACCAGGCAGCUUCCUCCACGAACGACUUUAGCAGAAGAGCUGCCCCACAGACUUGCCACCUUGAGGAGUAUCCGGCCCUUCCUGUUUUACUGCCUACCUCAUCGGGGCUGCCUCCUGGCUGGGAAGUGAGGAAAGAUGAGAAAGGAAGAUCUUACUAUAUUGACCACAAUUCCCAAACGACCACCUGGAAGAAGCCAGCCCUCCAGACGGGAGUGGAUGUAGGUCAGCAGGCCACAGUAGCAGCAGCAACAACAGCAGCAGCAGCUCCAGGGCCUUCCGCCAAGCAGGCCUUGGAUGGCUCCUUGCAGCAGCCCUUGCAUCCAGAAGCCCCAGAAAUGGACCAGGGCUUCCUCCCCAAAGGCUGGGAAGUUCGCAGCGCACCCAACGGCAGGCUCUUUUUCAUUGAUCACAACACCAAAACGACAACAUGGGAUGACCCCAGACUGAAAAUUCCAGCUCAUGUGAGGAGAAAGACGUCUUUAGAUCCUGGAGAUCUUGGUCCUUUACCACCUGGCUGGGAGGAGAGGACACAUACAGAUGGAAGAACUUUCUACAUAAACCACAACACAAAAAAGACUCAGUGGGAGGAUCCUCGCUUGCAGAACAUAGCAAUCACUGGACCAGCUGUGCCUUAUUCCAGAGACUAUAAGAGGAAGUAUGAAUUCUUCAGAAAGAAGUUUAAAAAGCAAAGUGAUAUUCCAAACAAGUUUGAAAUGAAACUUCACCGUUCCACAAUCUUUGAAGACUCUUACAGAAGAAUUAUCGCUGUGAAGAAGCCUGAGUAUCUCAAAGCCAGACUUUGGAUUGAAUUUGAUGGUGAAAAGGGCUUAGACUACGGAGGAGUUGCCAGGGAAUGGUUCUUCUUCCUUUCCAAGGAAAUGUUCAAUCCUUACUAUGGACUGUUUGAGUAUUCUGCCAUGGAUAAUUAUACUUUGCAGAUCCAUCCAAACUCCGGGAUGUGCAACGAAGACCAUCUCUACUUCAAGUUCCUCGGCCGCGUGGCGGGGAUGGCUGUCUAUCAUGGGAAGCUCUUGGAUGGUUUUCUUUAUUCGCCCUUUUACAAAAUGAUGCUUCAGAAGCCAAUAACUCUUCACGAUAUGGAAUCUGUUGUGAUCCUGCCUUCUUCCUAUUCGGACAGUGAGUACUACAGUUCCCUGAAAUGGAUUCUUGAAAAUGAUUCCACAGAAUUGGCUCGGUUCACAGUGGACGAAGAACUUUUGGGCACUCAUCAACACGAAUUGAAGAGUGGAGGCUCAGAGGUGGUGGUCACCAACAACAACAAGCAGGAGUAUAUCCAUCUUGUAAUACAGUGGCGGUUUGUGAACAGGAUACAAAAACAGAUGGCUGCCUUUAAAGAGGGUUUUUUUGAACUUAUACCACAAGAUCUCAUCAAAAUUUUUGAUGAAAAUGAACUUGAGUUACUGAUGUGUGGCCUGGGAGACGUUGAUGUGAACGAUUGGAGGGAGCACACAAAAUACAAAAAUGGCUACAACACAAAUAACAUUGUGAUUCAGUGGUUUUGGAAGGCGGUGCUGCUGAUGGAUUCGGAGAAACGCAUAAGACUGCUACAGUUUGUGACAGGCACGUCCCGGGUGCCGAUGAACGGGUUUGCUGAACUGUACGGCUCAAACGGACCACAGUUGUUCACUAUUGAGCAGUGGGGCACCCCAGAGAAGCUGCCAAGAGCUCACACUUGCUUUAACCGCUUGGACUUGCCUGCCUAUGAGUCCUUUGAAGACUUGUGGGACAAGUUACACAUGGCCAUAGAAAACGCUCAGGAGUUUGAUGGUGUGGACUGAGGCCACGGGCAGAGGCAGGCCGUACCUCUCCUUCUGUGCUGCAAUUUGAAGACGUUUACAAGCAAAACACAUUUAUUCCAGGGAAUCCUUUGCUGUUUUUUCAGGGCAAUUGAAUCUUUAUGGUAUCAUUUUUUUUUUUUAAAAAAGUGUUAUUUCAGUAAUGCUUAACUGCAUUUUGCAUUUCAAACUCUUUGCCUGUAUCCUUAGUGGGUGCAACACAAACUUUGAUGAGACUGACAGGAUCUUUGCAUUACCUCUUACAAAAACAUUUGCCUUCUUAGCACUCUGAACUACUGAAAGUGUAAGCUGUGAGAAAGAAAAGUUGUGUCCGUCCAUCUGUCUGUCCAUGUAUGGCUCCUCUCACUUCUGAAAUGGCACAGUAGCAUGAUGUGGGUUGUGCUCUUGGGCCGUCAGGCCUUUCUACAGCAUUUCCAAAGCACCUUACUCUGUACGUCUGUCUGUCUUUAGGAAAACGUUUAAAUGUUUUCAUACUGUAGCGCCUUUGCAGAAUGUACCAGCUCUGUCUGCGGUUGUGGGCAUUGCUGGCAGCUUGAAGUCUGCAGGGCUUGGGCCCUUGGGGCCAAGUCCUGGAUGAUGAUGGGGUGUUGCUUUGGGCCUCUUGAAUUAGGCAGGAGUGGUGCCGCUCCUGCAGGGCCUUGUGCAGGAGAAGCUCCCCUCCCUUGACUGUGCGCUCUGCUCUCAGUCCUGAUGUGUCUAUUUCUACACUUUUUUAACUUUUGGGACUGAAAGUAGCAUGGACUUGAGCGAGACUAUUUUAGAAUCUGUCUGAAUUUAUAUAUUAGUGUAUUUUUUUGGGUAAAUUGUAUUUUGAUAAAUUGUCUAACAAACAAUAUUUCCAACCUUUCCUUCCUCAAACUCUGAACUAUCACUUUGGGGUUUCCCCCCCUCUUUGCUCUUUGAAUACCACAGUGUUAAGCAAAACACCUUUCCCAUAUCCAUCCUUCCAGUAUUGCACCACCAAAAUAUAGGCAUGUUUACAGGGUUUGAUGGACCAAUUUCAGCUUUCAAUCAGAUAAGCGCAAAUGUGAGUGACACUUUGCCGAAUGCACCCAGGGCAGAACCUGGCCCUGAAAUUUGUUUACACGUUACUUUACUCUCUCCUUCUACCCUUAACCUGGUUGUUUUUUAAACAUUUUCUCAGUGUUUAGCCUAGAAACCAAAUAGAAUGUAGUAUAACCAAAGUAAUAGUAAAUAACGUGCAAUUUAUGGAGAACUAGCAGUGAACAAGUUGAGCAUGAAGCUUUUUUUUAUACAAUGGUUAAACUGAGUGGGGUUUUUUUACCUGAGUUUGGGAUCUGCUGCCCAGGUGGUUGUGGUCCAGAUGGAGGAUCUCCUCUCAGAGCCCCUUUCUGUGCCCAUUACACUGGAGGCCGGAUGGUCACCAAACCCGGUGGGCUGCCCACUAGCCAUGGAGAAGGACAGGGCUGUGGCCAGUGGCAUCAUUCUGCCCAGAAAGUGCCCAGAGACCUCUGCCGCUUGCUGGACAAAGCAGUCUUAAGGCAUCUCUAGUACCCCCCUUGGACCCAGUCUCUCAGGCAGAGAAUGACAGGGAAAUGGAAGUAACUAACUAUUCAGCCUACAUACUAUUUUGUUUUUGUGUGUGGGGGUUGUGUAUGUGUGUGUGUAUAAAACUCAGAAUGAUCUGCCUGUAAAGAUUUGAAUGUAACUGAGUACAGUACUUCAGUCUAACCAAUGAAGAAUCUGAAACGGUAAAUAAAGUUUAUUCUACUAA